AUAUAUAUCUAGGAAGCUUGUGCUGUUAAUUCAAGCUCAUUGCUAAACAUUGUUUGAAGAUGAUGAUAAGUGGUGCAAUGAGGAUUGUGGUGUUGUUAUUGGUUUGUUUUCAAGUUCUUGUGAGUGUAGUGGUUGCUAGAGAUGUGGUGGCGAGUGUGAGGCAUGAUGAGGAGGAGGAGAAGUUUCUGGCUUUUGGUAAAGGGGGUGGAUUUGGGGGAGGUGGUGGAUUUGGAAAGGGUGGAGGAGUUGGAGGGGGCUUCGGAAAAGGUGGAGGAAUAGGUGGUGGGUUUGGAAAAGGUGGUGGAAUUGGGGAAGGAUUUGGUAAGGGUGGUGGCGUCGGCGAUGGUAUUGGUAAAGGUGGUGGAAUUGGUGGUGGAGGCGGCUUUGGCAAAGGUGGUGGUGUUGGUGGAGGAUUUGGUAAGGGUGGUGGCAUCGGUGGUGAUAUUGGUGGUGGUGGAGGCUUUGGGAAAGGUGGUGGAAUUGGUGGUGGUGAAGGCUUUGGAAAAGGUAGUGGAAUCGGUGGUGGGUUUGGUAAAGGUGGUGGAAUGGGAGGUGGCUCCGGUGGUGAGUUUGGUGAAGGAUUUGGUAAAGGUGGUGGAAUAGGUGAAGGAGCAGGAGGAGACGGUGGAUUUGGUGGAGGAGGUGGUGGUGAAAUUGGACAUCACUAAAAAUUGCUCGUUGCAUGAAGAAACAAGAAAAGAAGUAUUUAUAUAAAAUAUAUUAUUAUUGUAGAAAGUCUAAGUGUGAGGAAAAAUAAUUUCACCUUCUUCUUUUCGAGCAGAAAUGAUUAGUGAAAUCUUAUUGAUUGUAAUUUUGUUCUACAUCGUAUACUAUUUCAAUCACUUGUAAUUUCGUUGAA